AUGUCAUCCAUUACCACCAACAACAAACUGGCAAUACUCUGCAUUCUUCUGCCAUUCCUUUUUAUUGGAUCAUCCGAUGCCUCCACUGUCAUGCUCCGACGUUAUAGCAAUAAUGAUUGCACCGGUACAGAACUCAUGGUGGCCUAUACAUAUCUAUCGUCCAGUGUCACAGACAUUCUAAUGGCUGGAACCAGAAUGGAUUGCAAUACCAACGGAUGCACUAUAUCUGCCUGUGAUUGUCCGUACAAUUGUCCAUCUCCAUAUUUCCUCUCAUUCAACACCUGUAGCAAUGGUGUCAGACUGGAUACCAACGAUAACAUAACCUCAUACACAUAUCCCAAGAUGAUGAACGCAAUGGUAAAGACAUCAACUGGAUGCAGUCUAUUCUACAGUGGCCUGUUACCAAAGACGAACCAGUGCAUGGCCAACUUUGUGGGAGUCAAUUACAUUUACAAGGUAGUUGGCAGUACGAUCACCUACUAUGGUAAAUGCAACAGUGACUGUACCUCAUGCGCCACACAACAAUCACUGAACUCUGGCACGUGCUAUAUGGUCUUUUUCAAUCAAGGAAAUAGUUUGGCUACUAUAUUGUACAAUCAGUAG